AUGAAAAAUUGUGAAUUGUGUGAUUUACUCAAAAUGCAGCAGCAACACCAACAACAGCAGGAGAAUUGCAUAAAAACCACCGCUGCGCAGCUGAUAAAAUCGUUGCGCUUCAACAACAACAGCACGCCGCAAACGUUAUGCCAGCAUCAACAGACAGCAGCGCCACAACUACAACAGCAGCACAUGCAUCUACAACAUCAACAACAACAACAACAACAGCAGCGUUGCUCCAGUGUUGGCAGCACAGGCAGCAGCACUUGCGACACGCUCUCCUCGCUGUCCGGUUCGGCGUUGUCACCAACGGCCAACAACAACAACAAUCACGGCGGCCUUAAAAGUGCGAGCAUCGGUAACGGUAGCGGUUUGUUGCCCAACAGCGCCACUGCGCUUUCCACGGCACUAAAGAGCGCUGCAGCCGCCGCCGCCGCCACCACGCCAUCGAUGUAUCCAUUGCCAGGCACCCCGCUGGCGACAAACGCUUUACUGCCAUCAACACAGCAAGCAACACUGCCAGCGCCGCCACCAGCAGCGAGCAGCAAUGUGUUGCCCGCCACGGCAGCACUUGGCGGGUUCGGUGGUGCAGCGGCAAUGGCUGCCAAUUUGGCUGAAUCGUUUACGUUAUUACAUCAGCAGGCGCAUCAGCAUUUUCGUGAGAUACUCUAUGCGGCACAUUUGCUUGGACGAGGCUAUUACCAACCUGCCGGUCCAUUGAUCUCACCACACGUUCUACCGCCCUUAGCCGCCGCACCACCGCCGCCUCCUAAUGUGCCACUUUUGGCUGCAGGUGCUGUUUCCGCUUCCGCCGCCGCUGGCUCAUCCAUUAAGAAGUCACAACAAAUACCUGCGCCGCUUAGCUCCGAUCCGGAGCUCGCAGCCGCGGCCCAACAACAGCCACCAUCGUCGGCCACUGCCGCAGAUAACAGCGCAGACAGUGAUGUUCUCAUCACUGGCGGCGACUUGACACCUUUCCGCUAUCCGCCGGUCGCACAUAGCGGCGCGCCAACCACCACACAGCACCAGCAGGUGCAGCAGCAACAGCAGCAUCAACAACAGCUUCAUCAGCAAGCUGCCGCCGCUGCUGCCGCAGCUGCUGCUGCUGCGGCCGCCGCCGCACAUCAAAGUUCACCAUAUCCACGCUCGAUGCACGCACAGAUGCACUACUCGACAGCGUAUCCGGCCAACUAUUGUACACCAUAUCCGGUGGAAGCGGUUUGCUAUUCGCCGCCCGCCUAUCAGCCCUACUUUUCGACCAAAGUUUAUCAGAGCGCGGGACCGCCCCCACCACCACCCUCUACAUACCGACGCUACCCUUACUAUCAACCUGGUCAUCCGGCGCCGCCACCGGCCGAAUUGUACGAACAGGGACCGCCACCACCACCGCCGACGGCGUCUGGUGGUGCUGGCCAAGCGACUGGACCGCCGCCACCACCAACGUCCAUACAGGGACCACCACCAACAGCACCGCCCCCCGGAACACAGCUCGUGCCGGCUGGACCGGCAGCACACGCACAACACCUCGAGCACUAUCCAGGUCCUCCGGGCUACUACACUGGCUAUAGCCCGGGCGGCAGCGCGGCGGGUCAGUGUUAUACGCGCAGCAUACAGGGACCGUAUAUGGAAUAUCCACCACAGUGUCCGUGUCCCAUGCAACAAUCGUGUCCAAAAAACGUCCAUACUGGGCCUCAUAUUGGUAGCAACAACGUCAGCAACAGCAACAGCAUCGGCAACAGCAGCUCGUUCAGCAACAACAGCAACAGCUGUUCAGCGAUGAGUCAUUUGAGCAACAACAGCAGCAAUAUGCUGAUGAAUGGCAGCAACAACAACAGCAGCAGCAGGGAAAUCAACAGCAGCAGCGACAGCAACAAGAGUUCGAUUACGACGAACAGCCAGCACAACAGCAGCAGCUCGAUGAACAAUUCAUUGACUACCAGUAGAGGCCCAGUUAAAAAAUCGACGACUACGGCGACGACAACAUUGACAACAACAGCAACAAUCACUAGCGCGCCAAUAACAGCAACAGCUGUAGCGCUCACGGCCACGGCAACUACGCCAACCCAAAUCGACGAGCUGCUGCUCUUUGGCAAGCAACAGUCGCAGCAGCAUUUAGAUCUGCUGCAGGCGGUGAAAUCCGAGCUGAAGCUAGAAGACUCGGAUAACAAAAGCCAGUACGAGGAGAGCGUAGUACAGCCGCCGACACCGCCCGAGAGCUACACCACCAACGACGAGAAGUUGUUAGACACCCUUACCGAACACGAGUUGUCGUCGGCGUCGCUGCCGGCGACUAUUGAAGAGGCUAACGCGAAGCUGCACUUUGAAUGCGGCAAAAAAAGAGAUAAUAAGUUGGUGGAGGACGAGAGUAUUCGACAACGACCAAUAGCGCGAUUUGCCGCCAUCGGCAAUCGAACGAACGCAGCACAGCCAAUACUAGAAGCCUACGACUUGACAACAGCCGCGACGGUGACACCACCGCCCUCAACGCCGACCUCGGCAGCAACAACCAACGGCGGUAAUCGCAACGGUGGUAGCGUCAGUGCUAACUCCACCAGCAGCACAGCCAACUCUGCCGCGCUGCCGUUCGUGGGACGCAAGGCGCGCAUUGGCAAAACGAUGGCGCGUGAAAUGGUGUACGCAGGUGCGGCCGCUAGCGUGGCAGCGCAGACGCAGAGCAGUUCGCAGGUGCCAUCGACGCCAUUAAUACAAGUGCGUACACUGCCACAGCAGUCAAGUGUGGUGAAGCAGUCCCAACAGCAGCAGCAGCUGCAAGCUCAACAAACUCAGCAGCAAAAACAGCAGCAGCAUCAGGCGCAGGCACAGUUGACUGUGUUGCAGCCUGAGCAGCUGUUGGCUGCCAUCACACCCAGUCCUUCACCACAAGUGCCAGCGACGCUAAGCGAGUGCUUUCCAGGGAUGACGGGCACGGCAGUAUUACAGUCGCCACUGCAGACACCCUUUCUGAUUAAGACGGAAAUAAAGGCGGAAAAAAUUAAGCUGGAAGACGAAGAGCCGCUGCUGAGCGCAGUGUUGCAGCUGCAACAACAGCAAGAAUCCAGCUACAGUCAUGACAGAGACGGCGAGAAAGCCGAGUUGAAGCUUAUUAAAGCAGAGCCUCUAACUUCGGCCUGCGAAGAAGUGGCGGCUGUCGUAAAUGAUGCCGCUGCUAAUGCGACACUAAAACCGUUAGGUCGCAUGCGCCUCUUGCCCAGCUGGCAGCAGCCACCAAUUAUACAAUGCGACAUUGACCUCUCCACGACCUCAGACGACGAUGUGCUCGAUCUCUGCCACAGCCCGACCACAUCCACAUCGGGCGGCAGUGGCCAAAAGUCACGCCUUAAGAUACUUAACCUACCCAAAAUUCAGCAACAGUGCAAGAAAUCGUCUCCAAAUGGCUACAAAAGUCUCAUCAAACAAACCGAACCACGCACUUACUUGUGCCUCAGCGGGCGCAAGCUGGACAAACGGGGUCGCUAUAGCAAGCUACAAAUACGACAAGCGGGCAAGGUAGGCAGUGUCGGCGGUACGAUACGACGACGUCAGCUAGUGCUCACCGAUCAACAGAAGAAGCAGCUGAAGCUGCGCAAGAAGAAGCUACAAGCGCUGGAGCGCCGCAAGCAGGAAUUGUUGGAGAAGCGCCGCGCGGCAGCCAAGCAAGAGCGCAUGCAACGCAGGAAGUUGCUGAAGAAAUCGAUGAUCGCAAGAGGCAUAAAACAGGAGGAAAUCGAGCCGAGCGUUGAGGAGAUCGUCGACUUGGUGGACGAACCGGACCAGACCGAAAGCGAAUUCAGCGAAGUAACACAGCCGGAAAUGCCAAGCUUGCGCAUGCUGCUGUCGGAGAGCAGUAGUCUCAGCAGCAGCAGCAGCGGUAACUGCAACAGCAAUAGUAACAGUAAUAGCAACAGUAAUAGCAAUAGCAGUAGCAGCAUGAGCACACUCAGGAUCACACCUAAACCUUCGCCCAAACGUGGCAAGGUGCCACGUAAAACCUGUAUACCACUGCACCUGCUCGAAACAAUCGACUCGGUGGCGCGUGGUUACUUCUCAGAACCUGAAACGUCACGUUGCAGCGGCGCGUUGAAUACGUACGCGAGCUGUGAUGCAACUGACACGGAACCACUCAUGGAUAAGUCGGCAUCUGGGCGCAAGCCGAAGAAAGAGAAGAAAGCGAGUGCUGAAAAACGCUCAAAGUCUGAAACGAAGAAACCUAUCAAGAGCGCUGAUGCAUCCAGCGCUGCAUGCGAAGUUACUGAUGUCGAAUACACGCUUGCGGUGGCGUAUGCCACGAAAACUACCUCAGCAGUAGCAGCAUCUGCGUCCGAAGCAUACGAAAUAGUGUCCAAGACACCUUUGGAUUUGUCCCAGUACACAGCAGCAGAGCAGGACGAGCUAACAGGGAUUGUUAACAGCUCCGGUUCCACCAGCAAAUCCGCGAACAAAUCCAAGCGUACGCCGGCUAAGCGAAAAACCGCUAAGACGAAGAAGCCAAGAAGACAGGGCGCAAGCAAGAAAAAAGCCAACGUGAAAGCAAGACAACAAGCCAGUGAAUUUGACACGCCUGCUGCGCAGAUGGCUGUGACAGAACAGCUCGGUUUGGAAACCAAUAACAAUGAGUAUGACAAAUGCAGCGCUGAAGAUGCGGUGCUCGAACUAGCCGACCGACAAGCACAAUUCGAAGUAGAAGCAGCGGACGAAGAGAUGUCAGCGUGCACGUUAUACGACAAAGUAGAACAGCAGCAACAGCAACAGCAACACUAUGCGCAGCCCCUCGAGAAACAUUCCAAUGCACAAGUGUUCUUGCCGCCAGUGCCGCCGAUGCCGCCGAUGCCGCGCAUUGUUUGCCAGCCACAUCACGGCGCCAAGCGCACGCGUUCACGCUCCAAAUUUGGUAGCCGCAAGCGGCAGAAGGUGAAACAUUCCACGGUCUCGUUCGAAUUGGACGAUCGACUGCCGCCAGCGACGCGCGUCGAUGUGGUGCCAAAAUGGAAUAACGGGUGGACGUGGGAGGGUGAACCAUUCCAGGGCGCGGUAUUCUUGAAUAGCGACGAUCCACUGGUCAUUCGCACCUGUUAUCCCGCCAUGCGGCACUCGGAGGGCGACAUAAUACGCACGCGUGACUGCGUGCUGCUCAAAGCGAACGAGGACAAUGACUUGCCGUAUGUGGCGAAAGUGGCGCAUAUCUGGGAGAACCCCGAGGAUGGCGAAAUGAUGAUCUCUUUGCUGUGGUACUACCGCCCCGAACAUACCGAACAGGGCCGCCAGCCCAACGACAGUCCCGACGAGGUAUACGCGUCCAGACAUCGCGAUCACAACUCCGUUGCUUGCAUUGAGGACAAGUGUUACGUGCUCACUUUUAGCGAGUAUUGCAGAUAUCGCCGUCGCUUGCGUGCUGCCGAAGAAGAUAUCGAAGAGGAAGUCUCCAUUGUGCCGAAACGAUCCAGUUGUUAUAGCAUACGCACGGUGCCUGACAACACCAAUCCCGAACUGGUGAUGUUCUGUCGGCGCGCGUAUGAGUUUCGCACGAGGCGACUGCUGAAGAUGCCCAACAAGCAGGACUACAUUGUCGUGAACGGCUAAGCGGGCUGCAAUGAGUGUGAUGAAUGCACGCAAGGAGAAAAAGGACAGUAAGUGAAUGCAAAGCGCGCCACCACUGCAGUUACAAGUGAGGUUAAGUGCGUUUAGCAACAAAAAAAAUCACUGAAGUUAAAAAAAACAAAGAGAAAACAAGUAAAUAGUAUUGUAUUUGAGGUUCAAAACAUUUUAGGCAUGGCAUACAUAUAGGGUGCUACAUGGGGAUUUCAAUGCUAUGCGCUAUUGAAAUUAAAUAGUGCGAAAAGUCAUUAGGGCCUUCUACAGCAGUAAUUUUUAUUUGCAUUAAUUAUUUAUAAGAGAAAUUAUUUAAGUGACUUAUUUUACAUUUAUUUUCCACUACUCUUUCUGAUUUACGCCUUUGUAUGUGUAAGCUUAAAUCGAUGUGUGGCUUUUUUGCCAGUAUACUGCUCGCGGCUUUUUUUGUUAUUAUAUAGUGACUAGCGUAUAUGUAUGUACUCGUAUAUUUAAAAUAUUUAUAAAAAAAAAAAAUAUAUUACUUUUCCUUAUUAACUUAUACUGGAGACGCUGAGUGCGAGAUUCAAUGCUUGAACUAUUAUUGUAAGCAGCAAGAAAUAUGCAUGUCUAAAACAAAAAAUCCUACAAAAAGUAGUAAGUGAAAAUUAUAAUGUAGCAUUAUUGAAAAUUAAUGACGCUGCGAAGUAAAAUUUGAAAUUUAACCAAAAAACAGUAAAUCACAGAGCAUACAAAACAAAUAUUUAGCUAUUUUAAUGAAAAUGGCGCGUAGCCACCAAGUACCAUGUAAGAAAUAACCUAGUGAAAUAGCUGCAGUUAUAACAACAAAAACAAGGGACCAGGCGUACUAAAAGAAAAAGAAAAUAAUACUUUUUGGAAAAAAAAGAUAACUAAAAAAUUCAAUUAUCACAAAAUAGUCAGUUUAGUUGUAGGCAGUGAGCGUUUAAAGAAUUUACAAAACUUGAAAAAAUUACAAUAAACCAACAGUCAAAAAUAAGUAAAAAAAAA